UGCAGAUCUGCACUACAGCCACUCAGACCUUCCUCGUGGACAAGAGGGGGGCUGGCAUGAGGGCAGGGGUGCCAGAUUGCAGGAUUUAGGAAACACAAAAGCUCAAUCUGGCAACCCAGGCCUUGGGUGGAGGUUGAGAGGAGAGCUCCAGCUUCAACUUCAGCUAGUUGAUAAAGUAAAGAGCAGCAAGAGUGUUCAGGGGAGUUCUCCAAACACAGGAGGGGAAAACAUGGCGAAGGGCUCGAGACUCUCUGUGGCUGAGCUGGCUGGAAAGUUCGCAUGUCAGGCUCCCCUUCCUAAAGAAGAUGAAGCGAACAAGCCUGUGCGGAGGAGACCUCCACGCACUCUGCCACUUCCUGGUAUUAACGAUGUGGGUCAAGGGCAGGACGAGAAAGCAGAAGUCGGUUCCCACCCACCGCGAAAGAAUCGCAACUCUGCCCUCAUUGAAAAACUACAGGCAAGUCUUUCACCGACGGCCCUCCUGCCCUCCCCACUGAGUCCCGGAGCAGGGAAACCACAGCUGCCAUUUUUCCCUCCCUCACCUCACUCACCAAGUAGUCCAGUCGGUCCAAACUCAGCAUCCAAACCAAGACAGGCAGAAACCCCGGCCAGCUUCGAGAUUCCUGCGGAAAGCACUAAGCUUCAAAGCAUCAACAAGGGCCGUGCUCGUCUUUCUAUAAAACGCCGUCCACCAUCACGCCGACACAGGAAAUCCAGCGCGGAGGAAGGUGGGGCUGACGAGGAAAAGGCAACCUCGCCCAUCUCUGACCAGACGACUCCAGACGGAAAAGAAAGUGAUGUGUUUGAUAAGGAGAGGGUGCAGAAGGAGGAGACUGAAGGUACCGACUCAGCGUCUGCUACACCACAGCAACAGCAAGAUCAAGAACAACAUGAAGCAUCGGAAGAUUCAGAACAAAAGCCCCUGACUUCAACAGGAGGAGAAGAAGAAAAAGAAAGCAAAGAGACAGGUGAUGUCUCAGCUGAGAAGGAGGAAACUGUAGAAGAGGAAAGAAAGUCUGAGCCACCUGCGUUAAACAGCUGUGAAGAAGAAUCCACAAAACAAGAUCCUGAGGAAAAGACAACAGCAGAGAGCGAGUCAGCAGCUGCAACAGAGGAAAAAAUAGAACAGGAAGAGAAAAAAGAGAUGGAAGACGCAGGAAUGUAAACGCUGUAAAAAAUAAAUGCGGAAUUCUGCUCAAGGGACAGUUCACUAAAUCCUAGCCAUAUGGGAGAACCACAAGGGUGAAGCGGAGGCCCAAUAACAAUGUGAAUAAACCCCUUGCAAAUCUUCCAUCAGCUUAAGCACAACUGGCUAAUUUUGUUUGUGUGUUACUGUGCAAGUUAAUUAAAAAGUGGAAAAUCUUUUUUUUUUUCUUGUAUAGGUUUGUUAACAUUUUGCUAACAUCUUUUUUGUGCUGUUGGAAUUAUUUCAGAUUCAGUAUUAUUUGUUGACAUUCUGUAUAUACUUUGCACUAAAGUUAAUGUAGUAAAGGGUAGAUGGAUGGAUGUUGAUAAGAACCUGCUUUUUAUUUAAACGCCAAAACACUGGGAUUCCGAGCAAGUGUAUAGUGUGUAACCAGAUGCACGGUCACAUAUUAUAUUCUUAAUCAAAGAUUUGAAUCAAAAAUGUAACUCAUUGAUUUUUUUUUUUUUUUGUUAUUUUAUUUGCUUUUUAGAGUAAAAUAUACAGAAGUUGACCUCAUGUACCAUAGAUUAACACCUCUCAAGUACAUUAAAGGGUUUUGUAGAUCAUAACUUUUGACAAUAUUUUGAUCACCCAAUGUAUACCUCUCUGAGUCCUACACUGAAUGAAUCAAAAUCAUUUCCCAUAUCAAGAAGUAGUUAGCAGAUUAGUAUUAGUACACUGAAAAUGGAUUCAUUUCAUUUUGUAUUGUUUUUUUGCACUGUUAUUUGUCAAUGAUUUUUUUUAAGUAUGUGAAUAAAACAGCUGCAGUUUUGUGUAAGUCAUAAUGAUUGCUGUGUAAUUCUUCCUGUAAUAGAGGUAUUAGAGGGUUAAUUCAGAGCUGCCCAAACUAGGCCCUGUGAGUCAAAGUUGGUCCAUUUUGACCUUUAAUUUAGCCUGCAUGUUUGAGAAGAGGGAAGAAAGGGGGAAAAAUAGCCAUUUUGAAAAGUAAGGAUGUCUCUUAUUAGAAGUCAUUGAAUAGCUGUAUUAGGCAUUGGCCGAUUGUACAAUAAAUUGGCGAUUUAAUCAACUAGAACUUUCCAAAUAAAACUGCAUUUAUUCAACAGA